AUGCGGAGAUCCACUGCAUCAUCUCUGCGCGGCAUGCUGCGGAGGGUCAACCAGUGGGCCGGCCUCGCCUUUACUUUGCUUCUCAUCGGCUGGGGGAGCAUCACGGUGCUGCUUUUUAUGUACGUGCCGCUGUUUUCUCGCAAGCCAAGUUUGCUGGAUGGCUUUCUGGCGUCCGUCGCCGCGGUGACGUUUCUCAUGACGAUGUGGUCGCUGGGGGUGCUGUUCGUGACGCACCCGGGCCCGCCGCCGCCGUGGUUCGCUGCGGAGCGCGUGGAGGCCUUCAUGCGUGGGUUGCUGGCCGACGUCGUGGCGUACGGCAGCAGCGGCGGGAAGCAGGGCGAAGGGAAGCGCGGGGUCAGCGGCACCGCACACCACAGCCUCACCGCGGCGGAGGGGCAUAAGUGGCUGGAUGCGCCUCGGGGCGCGCAAGAGGUAGUGGCGGGCACGCAUGAGAUGCAGCUGGUGAACAAUAGCGCCUGCUAUAAUGCACCAACCGUCGCCUUGGACUUUGUGCGCGAUGCAGGAGCGGCCCCCAAGCAAGAAGAAAAAAGGCAGCAACAGCAAGAGGUAGGCGGUGUGGGUCGCAGCCGUCGUCGACGCCGUCGUGACGGUGUUGAUGGCAGUGACGUACGAAGUUCUUCUAACCGAUUAUGGAUGCCGCAUCGGAAUAUAUUUUUAGUCGCUUCGGACGGCAUUGCGGCCCUUGACCGCUCCCCUGAGAGUCGUGAGCAAGAGAUGUGCUUCCUCAUCGGAGGUGCACGGCGCUGUCGCUUUUGCCACAUCUACAAGCUGGAUGAUACGCAUCACUGCUCGAGAUGCCGCACCUGUGUGUACGGGAUGGACCACCACUGCCCAUGGAUAGGCCAGUGCAUUGGCUACGACAACCACAAACACUUUCUCCUGUUCAUGGGCUACAUCAUUCUUCUUUUGGCGACAUCGCUGCUGCACUUCGUCGUGGUUGUGAGUACAGGUCGCGCUAGCUUUAUUCUAGCUGGCGCGUCUGCGAUGUUGCUCCUUGCGCUUGUCCUCGCCGGAUCUUUCCUGGUGGUGCUGCUCGCGUUUUGCGCCCGGGAUGUAUUUUUGUUAGGCAGAGGCGACAGCACCCUGCGACUCCUGCGGCGCGAGGAGCGCCGCGCCUACGAGUCACUGCACCGCGGGUCGUACAACUAUGUGACGGACGACGCCAGUGACAGCGGCGACGGCGUAGCGGUGCGGAGGUUUAGUUUUCAGAACUUGCGCCGCGUCUUUGGCGCGGGCCCCGUGUGUCCGCUGUGGUUCCUGCCGCUCCAACCACAACGGCCCUCACCGUCGUCAGAAGAAGCGGAGUUCUGGGCCGCACUCAAGCUGACAGCGCUGCGACAAAUGCGGGAAGUGGCGGAUGCCGAAGACGACAGUAGCGACAGCGACGAGGAGAACGUGGAGAGAGGAGGAGGAGGAAGCGGAGUUCGACGCCUGUGA